GGACUUGGUAUUAUGUGUUUAUGGCCGACGGGGAUGGACUAAAAUUAUUUAAUUUUAUUGCUGUCUUAUCAUCUUAGAGUGAUUGCGGCGGUGGUUAAAAUUGUCAAAAUCCUCUCCCUACCAUCUUGUGAUAUUGCUGUCAAGUGUCAAGCCUUGGAUCUCUAUAAAGACACUGAACUCUGAGGUUUCAACAGACUGACUUUGCAGCCCAUCCUACAUGAUCCUCACUCCUUAGCAUCUGCAGGUGUUCAUUAUAUUUAGCAGCAGCAAGUCGACAAGUCAGCAGCAUAGACACCUUGCUGCUUCAUCUUUGAAAUGUCUUCCCAUUCAUAGGGAUCACAUGAUUUGAAGACCAUUUCUAAACCGAUAUCACUACCAGCUGAACUCCCGAAGCCAAGGAGGCCACCUCAUCCAUGAUGCAGAAUCUGUUAUCAUUAUCACUGCUGCUGGUAGUUCUGGCACCUUUUGUUUCGUCCCUCCGCCUCACAGGCACCUGGCAUUCAGACUCUUUCUUCCUCUUCCUCUCAAAGUUCGGCUUCCAGCGCACCAGCAGUCCGAACCGUCGCGACUCGGAGGGGCACAUCUUCGGCAACGUCACCACCGUGUCCGGCUCGGAGUCUGGCGAGCCGGGCGCGCUGCUCGCUGUACUCGACCGCACCUUCUUCCUCGACUUCUACACCAACAGGAGCUGGCCAGCGCGAGACGCCGCCUGCCGCCGCAUGUUCGCCGGCCUGUCGCGCGUGGCCUACGACGCGCGCUGCUUCGAUGAUGGCGAGGAGGACUUUCUGCGCCGCGUGCCGUGCCCGCGCGGGGCGCUCUGUCCUGACGAGGACGCGCCGGAGAAUGUGGUGACCGGUCAUCAGUUCACCUACUCGAUUCAGGACGUCCACCAGCCGAGGUUUUGGUACAUCAGUCUGGUGGCGUGUCACCGCGACCCGGUGACGUGUGAGUGGCGUCAUACCCGUCAGCCAAUCAGCGUCCAGUACGACAUCUGGUUGGUGAACGGAGACCCGAGGAAACGCGCCCAGAACCCGCUCGAGUACCAGUUCUCGUUUGAUGAGCAGGACACGGUGGAGGUCCACCUGGCCUUCCUGGGCCUGUACACGCUGCUGGCGCCCUUCCAGCUGUACGCCUCGCUGCGCCAGCGUCACAGCCUCACUCGACUGUUCACGGGCGCCCUGGUGACCGGCCUGGCCGGGUGGAUGCUCCGCGCCGCGCACAGCGUCAAAAUGGCGCUCGACGGCGUCGGCUGGCGGCCGGUCAGCAUCAUCGGCGACUGUCUCAACAUGGCCGCUCAGCUGCUGCUGAUGCUGGUGCUGAUGCUGCUAGCUCAGGGGUGGACGGUGCGUGACCCGCUGAUCUCCGGGAACCGGCGAAUGCUGGCCAUCUGGGGCGUGUACGGCGUCAUCAGCGUGGUGCUGUACGUCUGGAACCUGACGGAGGUGGACGUCAUCUACGACAUUGACGAGUACCAGACGUGGCCGGGCUGGCUGGCGCUCUCUCUGCGGCUGCUCAUCAUGUGCUGGUUCCUCUGGGAGCUGCGAGACACAGUGUCCAGCCAGCGCGACCCGGACCCGGGCCGGCUCCAGUUCCUGCUACACUUUGGCGCCGCCUCGCUGCUCUGGUUCCUCUAUCUGCCGGUGGUGGCGCUAGUGGCGCUCACCAUCAGUGCACUCUAUCGGCAUAAAUUGCUGCUCGCUCUAUCCGGGUCGGCCGACUUCCUGGCGUUCGCCAUCAUGACUCAGCUCCUGUGGCCGGCGCGCUCCCGAAGCUACUUCCAGCUAGACACUCCCGAACUGGACGUCACAGACGAACUGGAGGAGUUCAGUCAGGCUACACACGUCCUUCUGUCAGAGGCGGGCCGCGCCGCCAGCCCGGACCGGCCGCCCGCGGGACUGACGGAGCCCCCGCCGCUGAAGGACGCCCCGCCGGAGGACCAGCAGGCGCCCGAGCCAUGGCCGCUGCCCGAUGUGACCCGGAGUAGUGGUGAGCCGGGCCGCCAGCCGGCCGAGAGUAGUGUCUUCAGUCCGACCGAUGCGGCUGGGAAUGACACAGAACUGCUGCUGCUGCCGGAGCUGGCUGACGAGAGGACUGGGGGCGCCAGUGUCGAGAGCUGAGGGCGCUAGUGGUACGGACUGGGGGCACCCAGUGUCCAGAGCUGAGGGCGCUAGUGGUACGGACUGGGGGCGCCCAGUGUCCAGAGCUGAGGACGUCGGUCGUAAAGACUGAGGCUGUCUAACGGGACUGGAGGCACGAGUGAUCUGGCUGAGGGCGCCAGCGUUCCGGGCCCAGGGUGCCAAUGGCAGUGACACGAGCUGAGGGCGCCCAGUGCAGCGUUUGAGCUAGUCACGACCGAACCCAAUUGCUAAACAGACUACCGGGUUCGGUAGGCGGGGAAAGUCGUAGCGUCCUGGAGCUUCGUCGAUAGAUGUUUUUUGUCAUGAAAAUCAACUUAUUUCUGAGCUUCGU